AUAGAAGGGAGGGGGGGUGUUGAUGUUGGUGGGCUUUCACCCACAACAUUGAAGCCAUGUUGUACCUUCUGCUCUCUUUCCAUUAGGAGCGUUAAACGGAUACAUACACACCCAAAUGGGAUUUAGGGAAUUAAGUGUGGACCUGGUGGGAUACCUAUAGAGGAGAAGAAAAAAACCUACUUCACUUUUAAUGAUUCUGCUGUUCACCGAUGGGUCUGUGGUCCGAAGACAAGUGCUCGUCUCCGUCGGCCUGUUAGUAGUUGCACUCAAGAUCAGAACUUUCCACAGAACCGACUUCACCCUCACUGCAGCCGAUUGCUCCUGCCAUUGCCGUUGAGCGCUGACGGGGAAUGAAGACCAGCGAAUCUGAAGACAGGAUGUCUUCCAAGCGACCAGCCUCUCCAUAUGGGGGAACAGAUGGAGAGGUAGUCAUGGCGACGAGCAGACAGCGACUGGAGGAUGAGGAGGUUGACGGACACGCUGUCAUUCACUUGCCCCUGAGCUCCUACUGCAGCAAGGUGUCCCCUCGCUCGCCCCGCACCCUCGACAGCCCGCCCGCACUACACGGCAGCAUGGAGCAGGAGAGCAGUAAAGGCUUGGCCCUGAGCCCCUACACCCAGCACAACUCGUCUACCUCACCCAGUAAGCAGCAGCAGCAGCCGGACGACGGCUCCGGGCGGCCGGGCAGCGAGCCCGGCUCGGCCACUGCUCUGGGCACUCCGGAGAGGCGCAAGGGCAGCCUGGCCGACGUAGUGGACACGCUGAAGCAGCGCAAGAUGGAGGAGCUGAUCAAGAGCGAGCCGGAGGAGGCCCCCAGCAUUGAGAGGCUGCUAUCCAAGGAUUGGAAGGACAAGCUGCUGGCCAUGGGCUCUGGCCACUUUGGAGAGAUCAAAGGUACCCCGGACAGCCUGGCGGAGAAGGAGCGGCAGCUGAUGGGCAUGAUCAGCCAGCUGAGCAGCCUGAGAGAGCAGCUACUGGCCGCACAUGAGGAGCAGAAGAAACUGGCCGCAUCACAGAUAGAGAAACAGAGGCAGCAGAUGGAGCUCGCCAAGCAGCAGCAGGACCAGAUCGCUCGGCAACAGCAGCAGCUCCUGCAGCAGCAACACAAAAUCAACCUCCUGCAGCAGCAGAUCCAGCAGGUCCAGGGUCAGCUGCCUCCACUGAUGAUCCCCGUCUUUCCUCCGGAUCAGAGGACCUUGGCAGCAGCCGCUGCCCAGCAGGGAUUCCUCUUGCCUCCAGGCUUCAACUACAAACCAGGCUGCAAUGACCCGUACCCCCUCCAGCUGAUCCCCACCAGUAUGGCAGCCGCUGCGGCCGCCACGCCCGGCCUGGGACCCCUUCAGCUCCAGCAGCUGUAUGCGGCUCAGUUGGCAGCCAUGCAGGUGUCUCCGGGGGCCAAGCAUGGCACCGUGCCUCAGCCCAACCUGGCAACCGGCACGCACUCGCCCACCAGUGGCCAGAGCGAGAAGAGCAGGAGCAGCCCGCCGCCCAAGCCCAAGGACGAGGGCGCUCAGCCCCUGAAUCUGUCAGCCAAGCCUAAGACAUCCGAGAGCAAGUCACCCACCUCCCCCGCUUCCCCACAGGUCCCUGCCAUGAAGCUGGGCCCCGGAUCUCUGAAGCACAGCGCCCCCUCCAGCAUCGGAGGACCUGCACCCAGAAUCAGCUCCAUAGACCUGUUGUCGUCCAUCACCUCAGGAGGCUAUCUGAAUGACCACGAGGCUGUGACCAAGGCCUUCCAGGAGGCCCGGCAGAUGAAGGAGCAGCUCAAGAGGGAGCAGCAGGUUCUGGACGCCAAAGUGGCAGCAGUCAACAGCCUGACCCUCAACAACGGACGCUCUGAGAAGGAUAAGGCAGCUCUGGAGAGCCUGAGUCAGCAGCUGAAACAGUCCGAGGAGAGCAAGUUCACUCACGCCAUGAUGGACUUCGGCAUGAGCGGCGACUCCGACGGCAGCCCCAGCGUGUCAGACUCCAGGAUGUUCCGCGAGGCGCGGGGUCGCGGCAACGGCGAGCCACACAUCAAGCGGCCCAUGAACGCUUUCAUGGUGUGGGCGAAGGACGAGCGGAGGAAGAUCCUGCAGGCUUUCCCUGACAUGCACAACUCCAACAUCAGCAAAAUCCUCGGUUCGCGCUGGAAAGCCAUGACUAACCUGGAGAAGCAGCCGUAUUAUGAAGAGCAGGCGCGCCUCAGUAAGCAGCACCUGGAGAAAUACCCCGACUACAAGUACAAACCGCGGCCCAAGCGCACCUGCCUGGUGGACGGCAAGAAGCUGCGCAUCGGCGAGUACAAGGCCAUCAUGCGCAGCCGCCGGCAGGAGAUGCGCCAGUACUUCACCGUGGGGCAGCAGGCCCAGCUGCCUCUGUCCUCAGCGGGCGUGGUGUACCCGGGCGCUCUCUCCAUGGCCGGAAUGCCGUCGCCCCAGAUGCCCUCGGAGCACUCCAGCAUGUCCAGCAGCCCCGAGCCGGCCCCUCCGCUCAGCGGCCAGCCCUCUUACCUCAGCGUCAGCAAGGAGGAGGAGCCUCGCAUCAAAGAGGAGGAGCUGCGGAUGGACGAGAGCAACGGCGACGCCUACGACGACUUCGACUACGAGGACGAGGACGGAGACUUCGGCAGCGACAGCGAGAACCCAAUAAGAGCGCUCUGAGCACAGAGACGUCCCGCCGAUCACCCGACCCUCCACUCCUGCUCCCCCCCCGCCCCCCAACCUCACCCUUACACCACCCAAUCAGGACUCUCGCAGAGCUAAGCCCCACCCCCCACCCCAAUACCAGCAGCAGCAAAGCACAGGAUCUGAGAGACUGUUACACUAACGGAGGGUCUUGGAAAGAAAGCGAGACACGUUGCCACAACGUCUGCUGAAUAAACCCGCUGUGGCAAACUCACGUCACGCCUCCGUUAAGCUACAGGAAGGAGAUAAACGACACUUAUACUGAAACAAGGACCAGUUAGUCGGCCUGUCGGAGACACUUUACAGCGGUGGACCUGCUUGUCUAUAAAAGAGACACUUUUAAAACUGCGUUUUUGUUCGUUUUUUUGUUUCGUUUUUUGUUUUUUUUCUGGGUUCUAUAAUAUUCUCACUCAGGUACACGGUGCCAACAAGUGGCUUGUGAAUGUGAUUUGUUGUUUUUGUGCUACAGUUUUAAUAGAGGAAAAAAAAAGCAUUUAUUUUCCUGUUUUGAGAUAAAGCACCUGACAGGAGUAACGACAAAAUUUACAAAAAAAAAGUUUUUUUUUUUCAUAUUUUUUUUUUAAUUUGCCGCUCCCUCUUCGGUGUACUCCACGCAUACGCAUACACUUACACAUACACGUCCAUCUUUUUUUUGACCGAAAGGACGCAGCACUGGACGACAGACAAUCCCUCCUUCUGCUCUGCUCUCCCUCGGCAGUUUCUUUCUUUCUCCUCCUGUGUCUCGAGGUGAGACGAGCGCCGAUAUGCUGUCGCGAGGACAGAACUGGAGCGAAAGUUCUCUGCGUGCGGUGAUCAAUCACAUUUCUGGUUGUUUGCUGUCAUAACCGUACGCUGUGCUUUUGGACCGAGCUGUUGUGUUUUAUUAAGACGCAGUGCUGGACAUGAAGAGAACCACCGCAAAAGGAAAGUGGAUCCAAACCGCUCGUUCCUAUGAGAACACAAAUUGAGAUUCAACCUGUCGGACCCGAUGCGGUCCCUCCUCCUCCGUCUCUGUCCUUCUCUCCUUUCCUAAACAGACUGUUUUCGCCAUUACCGAGAAUGCAGAGCCCUUUUCCUCCAUUCCAAGAGAAACAGAGAGCGAGGGAGGCUCCCCAGAGGAGGCUCUGGCACUGAACGGUCAGCUGAACAGAGAGAAUAGAUGGGCUCUGUAGGCUUUACUCAAUCCCCCCCCCACGGCCUCAGCGCUCUGUUUACUGAGGGAACCUCCGAAGCACCCAAAGCGCUGAGGAACACUGGUGUAUAUGUCUGUGGUGUCAGUGCACUUCAUCACACGAUCUUUCCCCUACAGUGCCUGUUCUAGGUAUUAAAUGGGUAUGUGUGAGGAAACUCCAAAGCGCUGUGUAUUUAUGAGUAAAAUGAUGGUACGUAUCCAAACAAUGGGUCUAAAUUACUCUGAAAUGACCCUUUUUUGUAUCAACCUGGACAAGGACAUAGUAACAUAUCUCAUAAUUGGAAAAUUGUUUGGACUGAUGAGAUGGAAAGUACUAAAAUACGAUCAAUUUCACUGUAAUGUCACACAUUUAAGCAGGAGAGUAAAAGACCUCACUGCUUUCUCUCACAGCCCAGUCUCAGUUUAGAUUAUAGGUACUAAACAGGUAUGUUGGACUCUUAUGUCAUCAGGUGUCUUUGUACCACCUAUUUACCCCAUAUACAGUCGUAUGCAAACGUUUGGGCGCCCCUGGUCACAUCAUAUGCUUAUAUGCUGAGUUUCUAAGUGAUACAUCCUCUACAGUGGGCACACUUCUAGACAUUUUAGGCCACAGUUACUGUUUUUUUGCUGAAUAUAACUUUUUGGGAGAGACGUAAAACACAAAUCGUGGCUUAUGGCACAUUUUAGACUUCAUGUUUUAUUUUUUCGAAUAUGUUAAAUAGAAAUUGUGCACUAAAAUAUGCAGGAAAGUGCCACAUUUCAGUUCUCUGUGGAUGUAGUUGUUUACUUAUCUUAGUCUUGCUUAGAAAAUCAAGAUUUGAGUGUUCAAACUUUUGCAACUACUGGCUCUUAAAAGUCUUUCUGAUUUGCCUUUUCUGCUAAAAUAUAUGACAUUACAGUGAAAUUCAGUACAGGUUUGUAUGUAAUUCUUACUCCACAUAAUUAAUUAUAAAAUAUUGCCCUUUUUUCAGCUUUUCUUUUGUUUUAUUUAUGAUGUUUUUGUAUUUCAUAGUUGUACAGAGCCCUGCUGGUGACAUCCAGUAUAAAUAAAAAUAAUGCAACUGAAUAAGGUGUGGGAACAAGAUAAUUAAGUCAUGACCACGACAUAGUAAUGCAUGGGAAUGAGACAAUUUAGCCUUGAACACAGUUUAAUAAAGCAUGAUAUUGUUCCCACGCCUUACUAAUUCAUGGCCAUGCAUAAUUAUCUCGUUCCCACACCUUGCUAAGUCAUGGCCACGUAUUAUUUUUAUUUAUACCAGAUGUCACCAGCAGGGCUCUGUAUAGGUGUCUUCUUUGCUGGUCUGGUUUUUAAUGCCCUAAAAGGGACCCUGAGCUUUGGAAAGGCCCUACAUAAUAAACAAAAGCAUAUUAUUAUUAUUAAUAAUAAUAAUAAUAAUAAUAUUAAUAAUAAUAAUAAUAACCUGUUCAGUGUAAUUUAGCUAGACUGUCUUGGCAUCUACCAUCAUUUCACCCCAAACUAAUUACACAACACUUCUAACGUUGUUCCACACAUGUAAUCAUCUAAUACCCUGAACCUGUUGGGCAUUUCAGCGUAAUUUGGUUAAACUGUCUUCAUAUCCAGAUUAAUUACCAAGUACUUUGGAGUUUAAUAUCUAGAACGUAGGAGCUGUGAAAGAAAGCAGUCCUUCUGCUUGUUCAUCUCUCCAGACGCCUUCCAUCAGUCGCCUCCCUCCGCCGCUCUGAGGGGCUGUUGGCACGGUUCCUCAGCCCCAGUGCAGGGAACCGUCACCACUCAUCCUCCUUCUGUCCACGUUACGUCCACGCAAGGAUCUCAAACCCAAACUGACCGCCGCACUCUCAGUCCGUCCCCAAAGCCAAACGCUGACCACGGCGCUCAGCGUCCAGAACGUCCGUCCAGACGGUCGAGCUCUCUCGCUCGCUCCAGCAGGAGGUCCUCUGCCGAGGGUGGGCUGAUGUCCAGCCCUGCCUGGAAGGCGCAUUGUUUUUCUGCUUUCUUUGUUUCUGUUUUCUUUCUUUUUUUUUUCUUGUUUUUGUCUCCAUGACGACGUCACUCUGCUGUCAAAGUUAUUGAAGGAGGGGCAGUUUUUUAGACUCUGCAUGUCAAUGUUUUCGUUCGUAUUUGAAUACUGUAUUUUAUUUUUAUUCAAACUGCCUCUAGUGUAAUAAUAAUAUUAUUAACAAUAAUUAUAAGGAUGGUCAGCGUUUUGUUUUUGUUUUUCUUUUAUGUUUUUUUUUUUCUAAGUUUAGUAAGUUAUGUACAGUAUAAUUUAUUUUUUGGUUGUCCUUUUUUUUUUAAUUAUUACAUUAUGAAAAAAUGUGCUUUAUAAAGCAUUAUAUUUAGCUGGUAGGUAUUUAGAUCUAAUUACUCUGUAUUUUAAUUUUGCUCCUUUUUUUCAUUCUCGUUUUGCAUCGUAUUAAUCCCAUCCUGGAUCGCAAGGAACUGCUGACAUGAAGGAAUAAGAGACAUUUCUAGCUUUUUUUCCUCCUCUUCUGUGCAUCGUUCAUGAACUCUGAAAAAAAAACCCUGUUUCUUAAAGCACUAGGACUCUGGACGGUCAGAGAAGAAUAUAAGAAGAACAUUUUUUUUUUAUUUGUAAUGGUUUAUGUAUAAUGUGAAGUUUUCUAUUUCUUUAUUUCUCUUUCUUUUAUCAAGGUUAAAGAAAACAGUUCUAUUAUACCCCAUUGUCAUUGAACAAAAAAUGGAGCUUGGCUCAUGUUUACUGGGAUUUGUAGUCCUUUUUCGAGCCCUCGGUGGAUCAUCACUGGGCAUUUGUAGUCCUACCGUCACGUCCAGACUUAUAAACACUGCACCUGAUGUAUCACAUGUAAAAUGGCAUCGAUAUCAGCCGAUAGAUUUUGCUCAGAGGCACUCUGGGAUAUGCAGUUUUGUCCAGUGAUCCUCCACCGAGUGGCCGUAUUAGAUGUUUAACUUCUAUGGGACUCCACUUCUGGAGAAGAUGGCUUUGUUUGAGCUCCACACCAUGGCAGAUCUUUUCUCAGUCUUCAGCUGGGUUCCAGCAUACUGACCCUCACAGUCAUGGCCUGCUGGACAGUCACCUUAACGUCCAUCCUGCCAUUUAUCACAUUUCCGGUGAUCUUCACUGUCAGGUUCUACCAUUUAUUGACCAUUUCAAUCACUUUCUCAACUCAAUCAUUCAUUGCAGAGGGCGGGGCUAGCCGGCUCAUAGACGGGGGGUCCUGCUGUCAAUCAUAAAGCGUCGAUGGUGGCUUGAAUAAUAAUAGAUAAGACAAUCAGAGUCAUGUGUGGAGCUCAAAACAAAGUAAUAAAAGGAAAAAAUACUUAUUCUUACCAUCUCAACUUGAAAAUGGAGAAAGAUAAUUAUGUAAAUAUAACAUAGAGUUAUAGAUUUAUAUUUUGUUCAUAACACAGUGUAAUAUAAGUUGUAUAUUUCUUUUUUUUCUCUCUUUUAUUGAUGUUAUUCAUGCCACAUUAAAAAGCAGGAGUUACUGUACUCUUAUGAAAAACAAAAAAAUGACAAAAAAACAAACAAACAUGCAAAAAAAAGCAAAAAAAAAAAAAACAAACAAGCCGUGGAUUGCCACCAUCUGUUCUGAGUUGACGUUUUUCAGUAUUAUUGCCGGUCUAGGCUCUAAUAAAGACAGCAAUGUGUUCUGUAA